AUGCCCUCGGCGGCGGCUGCGACCUCCGUGGGUAUCCAGAUCUUCUUCGACCCGUCCAAGAAGGGGCUCAUGACUGUGACUUUCGAGCACUCUUCAGUUCGAGAUGCUGAUGAUGAAGAUGGCCCUCUUGCAGUUCCUGACUCGGCCAUAUCGGUUGCUGGCGAGUCGAUCGCCGCGACGUCUGAUAAAGGCGGCGGCAGGGGCAGGGGCUCCGCCAGAGCCAGCAAGAACCCGACCUACUGGAUCGCGAAGCUGAAGUUCGAGCACGCGCCUCAAGGCACCACCGGCAAGCGCGAUGUGCACCAGGCUUCGGAGUGCGCGACGAGAUACGAGACCAAGUUUCCCGAAGAUCAGACUACGCACGCGCUCCGCAAGCACGUUGCUCGCAUCGGCGUCUUCUCAAAGGUCUCUCCGAAGGAGGUUGGGACGACGUCGUGGCCAGACAUUCGAGAUGCAUUUUCGGAGAUGGUCUUGAUCGAUGUGGCCCCUCCAGGUCGUGUGUUGAUCGCGCUCGUGGAAAAGAGGGCCAACGAGUUGGUUUCCGCGUCGACGUCAAGCAUGCUCAUCAGGGAGUCCGACGUCGAAGAGCUGGUGUCUUGCGUGUUGCCAUGGCCUCUUCCUAGCCGCCCCGCCAGUGGCGACGGUCCUCCAGUCUUUGACGUCUUGAAGCCCCAGGUGCACCCGAUCUCCUCAAUCGUUCCUGGCGCGGGGCAAUCCCAUAUCAUGAGCACGUUUCUCAUCGAGAGGUUCCUCUGCCAGAUCAUCAAGAACACGAACGAGGCCAACGUUAACAGCACGACGGGGGCGUGCAGGAAGUUGAAUGAGUUGUUGGACUUGCCAGGCGAGGUCGAUACCACUCACGAAGUCAUGGGCGUGUGCGAUAGCAUCUACAUUUCGAUUCGGGGGUUCACGGCAGUGAUCCAGGGCAACAUCACGAUCGCCACGAAGUUUGAUCAUUUGUCUGACGUGGAGUCGUUGCACAAAGCAUCCGGAAAGACCGUCGGCACGUCAGUGUUGCAGGAGGUCGGGGCUUCCAUCUGCCGCAAUGAGUUCUUGGGCAGUAAGAUGUCGACCUUGAUGAAGGGCCUUGACGUGAUCAGGAAGCGCGGCCCCCAGAUGCAACAUCACCUGAAGAGGCUGGUUGACAUCAGCACGAGCUCCAGCUUCAAAGAUAUGAUUCACGUGAUUGAUGAGGGGCUCGCGUAUUUCAGGCAGUGCUCGGGGCUGUUCUCUCCUGGCAUGUGCUCUGUGCUUGAGGACUACAUACAUCGCAAGACGGACCUGCUAUAUCAGAAGCUGGCCAAAACAAGCACAGAAGAUGGAGAGAAGACGGAUGAGUUCAACGCUACCGUGGCAACCGCUCAGGUUUUGUUCCAGGGUUGCUGGCAGAAGUUCUCCGAUAAGACCCAGUACGACAUGUUUAUCGAAGGCUGCGGGGGCAUGUUGAGUAACAUGGCAAACGCGACUUUCACUACAGGCAUCGUCAGCAAGUUUCAGGCAAUCAACCAGGACGUGUCGUCAUCCGCCUCAUUGCUGAAAGAGUUGGCGGCUGCCCUUCGCGAGAAGGGGGGCCUGCUGUCUCCGGAGGACUUCGUCAAGGACGCCGAGGGCUUGUUGAAAGACAUCGUUGCUGGUGUCUUCGCGUCGCUGUGGGCGGGGGAUCAUUCGCUGGAUGGGGUCUACGCCAAAACAGAUCUGUGCGACUCGCUCGCCAGCAUUCUGGACUACGUCGUCUGCAUCGCCAGCAGUGAGAAGAAGGCCGCGUUCAAGGCGGCGUCCAAAACCCUGUCGAGCUUGGCCACCGUUCUGAAGGCGACCGAGCCCGACCCGUCGGACAACAAGAAGAUCAAUGGCCUCAAGGAUAUCAGCGCGCACGAUGCCCUCUCCUUGACUCGCACUGUGAAGGAGCUGAAUGGCUCGAUCAAGAACUGCAGCGCAGCAUUCCCUGGAUCCAAAGACGGUUCCCAGAACAUGUGGAUUCUCGUCUCCACUGGGCUCGCUGAGGCAGGGCAGCACUACCGCGUGCAGAUCAAACAAGAAUCCGCCAGCAUGAUCGCCGAGAUGAUUGACGUUGCCGCCUGCAAGGUUGAGGGCAGCGAUGGCGCCUGGUCUGCGAACUUGCCUGAUGUGGCUGAUGGUUGGGAAGCCUUCGUCUCGAGAGCUGAGCCCUCCUUGAUGAAAUGCGAUUCGAAGACGUUGGCGGCGCUGAUCUCCGAGGCGCAGGCUGCACGGGAGAAGUGCGACGAGCUCGGCAACAGUUUCGGCAUCGCCGAAGGCGAGGGCACGGCCUGGACAGAGGUGAACGACUCGCUCAAGGUUGCGCGGGUGACUCUGUCUGCUCACAACCUCAUGAAAUCCUACUUGGCCACGGGGUUGGACAAGCCAGCAUUGAGGAUGGCCACGAGGAGCGAGAUUGAGGGCCAUGCGAAGUACGGCAUCGCGAAGGGCGAUCUCCCGCCGAUGCUGGUGGUGCCAUCUGGCAUGCGCUCCCAGCGCCGCAUUUGUUCCAGCGGGGGCGGCCACGGCCAGCCCGUGCAGUGCGCGGGCGUUCGGGGGCCCGUCAACUACGCGCACUACGGCCCCGUAGCGACCCCGACGGAGGACGUCCAAGCGGACUUCGUCUGGCGGGAUGUCCCCCGGCCCGGGGAGGCCCUGCAGGUGGGCGUGUUCGCGUCGAUGCAGUUCGGGCUCGAGGCCGGGGGCGGCGGCUACAUGGGGAUGCAGGUCGCGAGCUCAGGCGCAUCGGACAUUUUCGGGCUCGAGGUUGACGGGCAGAACACCGAGACGGCAAUUUUCUCGUAUUGGGACCUGGACCCCAGCAACAAGGUCAGUUUCCUCGGGCCGCAGUGCAGCCGCUUCGGGGGGGAGGGUACUGGGAGCCACUGCAAGAUCCCGUACCGGUUCAGCGAGGGAGGGAAGUACACGAUCAGCGUCCGCGUCUACGGCUAUGACCAGCGCUACGCCGCGCUGGUGGGCGACAUUGUCGAUGCAGCCACUGGCGAGAGCACCGCCAUUGGCACUCUCCUCGUACCCCACGCGAAAGGCCUCCAGGGCUUCGGAAGGUUCAAGGAGGCAGGGGGCUCUUUUCUCGAGUACUUCUCGGGGUCGGGCUGCGACAACCAGGCGCGCAGCAGUGUGGGCAUCGUCGGCCCGUUCUUCGGGGAGCGGUCGCAGGUGCCCUCGACAGCAGCCGCCGCCUAUGGCAAGGGCUGCCGGUGGAGCGACACGUCCGCGUGCAUCGAGGGAGAAGGCUGCGGGGCGCCCCCGGCUUUCGGCCCGUCCUCUUCACCGCGGGCGGCACCACGGGCCGCACCACGGAGGACGGCCAGGAGCUCUGGGCGGCCGCCGCCCCAGAGGCGGUCGCCGCGCCCGCGCCUGCCGCGCCAGCCCCUGCCGCGGCGCCCGCCCCGCCCGCGCCAGUCCCCGCCGCCGAGGUGCCCCAGGCGGCGGGCCCCGCCGCCGCGGCCGAGGGCGAGGCGGGGGCGGCGGGCGGGGCGGCCGACCACGGGCCGUCCCUCCUGGGGCCCUUGCUGCCGGUGGACGGGGGCGAGUCGGAAGGCGGCAGCGAUCGCGCUGCAGAAGCCCCCGCGGCCAGUCCAGCGCCAGCGCCGUUGUACCAGGGCCCGUGGAAGUUUGCGCAGCUCCCGGAGAGGUACCAGCAGCAGGUCAGAAAGACGGGCUGAGCGCCCCCCUCCAGCGGUGUUGCUGGCCGAAGGCAGCUUCUCCAUGGUGCCAGGGCAGACUGGAUCGGAUGAUAGCAUCUCAUUCGCUGUGGUCGAUUCUUGCGAGGCCUCCACCCUCUCGCCAGGGGCCCGGUCUUGGCUCCUUGGCUGCGCCGUGCCCUGCCCACCGUGCCAGGCCAGCAUUUCAGGGGCGGGUCUGGGUUCGGCAGCAUCCGAUUUCUGUUCUCAGCCCGCAGCUCCCAUCGAUCCACUCUCGUUCGACCCUCCCACUGCAGCCGUGGGGCCUCAGCUGCAGGAGAAUUCGCGAGUCCUCCUGUGCCGACUCUGAUGAGGGCAGAUGCCGAGCUAAGCUCUCCCGUCUGCUUUUUCGGGGGCGCCGGAAGGGGUGAGACUGGCUCGGGUCGGGGGGCAAGCGACGGGGGUCAGCCAUCCCCCUCUGAUCCCCACGGGCCGGCGCCAGUUUGGGAGCCAGGAGGAGGGGGCUCAUGCUCGCGUUGAUAUCCAGGUUGCCGUGAUAUCCAGGUUGCCGCGCAUACGUCGGCACGAACGAAUGCCCAACAGCAGUUCCUGUUCAUUUUGAACAGGACUCGCUGUCGGUGUCGCCGCGGCCUGUGUACAUGUGAGAAAGAAGGCCGCCUGCCCAACAGCGGCCGCUGUUGG